AUGAAAGGCGUCUACAAGGCUGUCUGGUUGCGGAAAUAUAAAUGUUUGGAGCAUUUCCCUUUUUCACUCUUGUCGGCGAGUUGGCACUUUUUCAAAUUUUUCAAACUUUUUUAAACUUUUGAACUCUUUAUUGCGUUCUAAAUUUUCAGGAAUCCUCAGACGAUAAAUAUUCUGCAUUCACCGAAGACCAACACUGUUUCAAGUUGGUGGUUCGUCUGGAAUGUUCUCGGGAAGCUUCAAUUUUCCUUAAAAAUCAAUACGAAUCAUUGUGGUCCGUUGUCGCCCGGGAUCCUGGUCACUGUGCUUUGUUUCAUGAGUUCCGAGCUUUGGAGUGUGAAGUACUCUCGGAUUUUCUUCUAUAUACAUUCAUCGAAAAAGUUCCCAACGUUCAGGAUCAAUUGAAAUGGUGCCAGAGAAUCGAAGUAAGUAUUUAAGAAAUUGAAGCAAAUUGUUUUAAAAGACUAGAGAAUCGCUAACCUUACGUUUUGCAAUAAGCAACUAACAUCGACGGAAUCUCGUCUUUCUUUUUGAGGGCGCGGGACGCUCAGCACCAAAUCUUUUUGAAAGAGAUUCUCCAGCUUCAGGGUGCUCGACGCCACGAAGCUGGUGAUCACAUUCGUAAAACAAACAAUCGAAGAGCAGCCAGAAGCUGUUUUAAAAUAGGCUUAGGUUGCCAAACAAAUGAUGGAGAGAUAAUUAAAUUUCAAAUGUUUAUCCAUACAACUUGUUUUCAGUUCUGCAAAGUGUCCAACCCAUGUCAAUUCUCCGAAUCGGAACGUCAAAAAUCUUCUGCCACGUGUCAAUUACUGAAAUUCGAGCAAAGCCCACUCGUCGAAUGUUUCAAACGUGUCAAAGUUCUGAAGAAGUACAAUGGUCUCGCCGGCCGGGACUUUUUCGAUACGUUAAGAGAUGCCACGUGCCACCGGAUUUCUCACCUACAAUAUUGUGUCGUCGACGUUUUGAAGAAGGAGUGUGGCCGUGCGGUGGCCGAGAAUUAUUUGGAAAACCAAUCGAUUCUUCGGGUCAUUUAUAAAUGUGCUUGAUAUGACUAAAAAGUAGGAUUGUUGAUUACAAAGUCACGUCAAAAAAUUUGUUGAAAUUCGUGUAGACACUGACUUUUUCAGCUUUAUACACCUGAAAAAUGUGCUACAGCUUUGCAACAUUAAUUUUUCGAUAAUUGCUUACUCUUCUGGCAAAAACUCCUCUCGUAACCGGGUGCUACUGACCAACAGGGACCACGGAGAACUGAUGCACAUUAGUUCGGUCGUGAAAAACCUGAAAAGCAUUUUGUUGAAUUCAGGUGUAAGCAUGUUUUGCUCUACCAUAAAUCCGUGCCAAUAUUGACAAUUUGUGCGUCGGUUGCAAAGUAGAGAACGGUAGUUUUGACGAAAUUCGGAAUGAAUAGUAUAAAUGAGAAAAAUGCGCACUUUAAAAUAAUGAAAUCAGCGGGCGGAGUCGUGCUUGAGGAGCUUCUGGAAGUGAAGUACGGCGUCGGGUUCUGAAAUAAAAAGUCAAGUUUUCUCCAAAAUUUCCACUAGGUUUUACGCUUUUGCGUUUUCGAAACUUCAUUCACAUCAUUGCGCACUUACAGAAGCGUGAAGACGUUCCACAAUGUGCACAAAAGUGACUAUGUAAAAGACGGAGCUUAUCAGAAAACUGAAAGUGGAUAAUAUAAAGUCUUGAAGAGCGUCUAUCUGCAAAUGUAAUUCUCGGACGCAUUUGCAACAAAUGUCUACCUUCAUAAAUUCAGGAUUUGCUCUCAUCAACAAAAGUCCUCCGGCUGAGGCGUCGACAAAUGAGAAGUUAUGAUUUCCAGCGUAAAAUAAGGGAAUUAGUGCUGUCGCGGGUGUGAACCACUCGAUGAAAUAGACUAUCGAAAUUAUGGAAGGGCUCCAGAUCUGAACAAAACAUUGCUACUCUAGUCAAAUUAAUCAAUUCGUUUCGAUCUUUUUUGGAUUGGUUCUCUUUGGAUGGAUCUUGAUUCCAGGUUUUAUAUCAACUAAAAGCUGCUCGGGCCAACCAUUACAACAUGCAAUCAGAAUGGUCCUUAUGCCGCGUCCAAAGUCUCGGAAAAAGCGGAAAAGCCGCAGGUUUUUCUGUCCAAAGUCGGCCGAAAUUUGCGUGAAUUUGUUAAUUUCUUGAGGAUAUUUGAAAAUAUUCAAAUUUUUUGCGCAAAUUUUCAAAAAAUACCGUAGUUUUAGGAGUACGGUUACAUUCGUUGAGCUGUGCGCACCCCCGUUUUUCACGCAAAUUUCGGCCGACUUUGGACAGAAAAACCUGCGGUUUUUCCGGUUUUUCCGAGACUUUGGACGCGGCAUUAACAAGACAGUCUGCAUAACAAUCAAGUCAGUACAAAACUCGUUAGCCAUCCUCUUUCUGGAUUUUUGAACCACUUGCAACGCGCCUCUAGUUUUAUCAAAACCAAGAAAAAUCCGACGAGAAAAAAUGCAAAAAUUCACGAAAAACCCAUAUACACAAACCUGAUUUUUGCAGUGAAAAAGUACAGUACACCUGUUCACGGCAACCACGAUGUAGCCCAGAAACAUGGCGUUUUUUGUGAGAGUUUGAAAAAAGUAUGCAAAUUGUGGAAGCCAAUUAUCGAUUGAGACUUGGAAUAAAUUGUGGAUACGGAAUUUGCGUGGGCGGGCAAUGAGCUCGACGUACAAGAACAUUAUUAUAUCGGUUAGCGCCUGAAAUGUCUUUUGUGUUUCUAUUUUUCCCAUAAAAACUUACAUGAAAACGAAUAAUAUCGAAAAAAGAUGAUCGAAAUUCUUUUUGACGUCUAAUAUAGAUAAUGUACAGUAAUCUGAUGUAGACGAGAAUUGAAAUCCAACAAAUUGAAGCGAAUAUUAUGUGGCUGAGAGGUACUAGAGAAAAGUCAAUGACCAGCAUUUUCAGAAUGAGCACAUUUCAACACCGAAAUGAGUCUGGAGGCUAGAAGACAGGUGAUUUUUCUUACUCUAAUUUCUUUUCCAACAACAUUUUGGUUUUCUAUUAGCGGUUAAUCAUUAGUCGACCGACAUCACAAAGAUGAAGGAAAAGAAAUGAAGGAAGAGAAAAAAGAGAGACCUCUUUUUACAGCGCAGGUCAUCGCAAUGCCACGUCGUUCUCCCUUCUUCCUAUCGUCUUAUUCCCCGUUCGCUUGUUGUCUCGUCAGAGUCAUAAGAGCUUUCUCUUCGCGAUUCUUCUGAGCAUUCUCUUGUUUUCCGUCGGAAUCCAGGCCCAUGCUCUUCCUGCACACUUCCGCCUCUAACUUUCUGUCGCUCUGAGCAUGCCCUACAUUCCAUAUUUCAAACCUUCCUUAUGAAGUUCCAUAAGGGUGCAAUGUCAGCCUGGAGUUUGGCGCUCAAGCCAGUCUGAUCCUUGUUGGGCCUGGCUUCAUUUUGGCCAAAAAUCUGAUAUCAGGUUCUAGCGAAUCGAGAGGCUUGAACGAAUCGGACUUGAAAAUGUUCAAAAAACUUAUUUCAAACAAGAUUUGACUCAUUUGAGAUCAUCGGAGUCCCCCGGCUCCACUCCCGAGCUCCACACAGAACAUGAGGCUAAACCUCUUUCUCUGUACUUUUAGCUCAAUUGAGCUAAAUGUUCAAAAAAUUGAUUCGAAAUGUUCUCAAUUCGUUCACAUGGCGAGUCAGAAAAGUACAAAAAAACAAUUUUGCUCGAAAAACAAAAAAAUCGCAUCCAGGCAUCUCUCCGCGGGUUCAAUCCCAUUCAUUCUUUUUGCGUUCGCAUAAAAAAUCUUAUUUCUCUUUUCUUCGCCGUUUUCCAAUUAUUUUUCCACUCGCACACAAGAAAAAGAGAGAAGAAUAAUUAAUGAGAAGGGAACUCUUUCUGUGCUCAUUCACUUCUUUUUGACUCGAUAUUUCGGUUUUAAUGUGGAAAAGUUCGUGAAGCGACAAUUUUUUCCUGGGUUUGAACGAUGAAAUUCAAGGAUCCUGAAAAUUGUGUCCUCGAAUAGCCUGUGUUGCGGACGAGGAGAGUAUAUAACCCUCUCCACCGCAACUUCUUCCAUAUUUCUCGCCUUAACGCCCAGCAAUUACUCUCAACCGCAGUUUUCAGAUAUUCUCGUUUGAACUCCCGCUCCCUCGCCAUUUAGGAGCGUCUUGUGCGUACACUCGACCACACACUCGCGCCUCCGCCCUAUUUAGGAGCGUCAACGACUACGGUUGUGCGUCGAGCGAUGGGCCUAAACUGCUCGCCGAUUAUUGCAUCACUUUUCGCGUUUACUGUCACUUUUUGCCGUUACCCCUUCCUUUUUAUGAACGACUUCGUGUCGCAGUCGAACCAGAGAUACGGAAUAACCCGACGCUCUGUCCGACAGACUUUAUUGACCUUUUGAUAAUAAUUCCAACACUAAAUAAACGAUUUUAUUAUCUCUCCGCCUUCGCUUCGCACUUUUUCCACUCUCCGUUCGCGACAAAAUUGGUGCGCCGGCCGGGUAAAUAUCCUGUGAAAAAACGAAAGAACUUUCAGACGGAAUUGAACGAGACAGAGGACGUCGAGAAACAAGACAGACAGCGGCUGAUUCCAACGACGACAGAAUGGAAGCAAAUGGAAGAAAAAUUCACUCAAAAGAAAGACGAAGAAAGGACGAAACAAUGGCUGGCGCGAACACAAGAAGUAAAUCCUCAAAGACUCGCCAUUCGGAGAGAUCCGGAGUAUAGGGAGGUAGAACGAAGACUAAUACCGACAACAACGCCGCCAUCGCCAUAUCAAUCCGCCGAACUAAAGAUCGCCGCGUUAUUGGCCAACGAAGAACUCGCCAACAGAACGAUCUGGGCAAUAAGACUCUGGAGAACCGAAAAGCAGUACCACUCUUGGAGGUGCCAGGUAUGCCGACUGAAGAUUAAGCUGGAGGGAAUGGAGACUAUCCAGCUAGUCUGGCAUGCGACUCACGAGUGCUUCAUCGAUAAAUAUCACCUUCGGCCGAUAUUCAUCUAUCGGAUGACAGGAGGAGCAGUAUGCUGGACGUGUUUGGGAGAUAAUACGCACCCACAACACCAAAGAUAUGGAUGCCGAAACCAAGGACUGGCAAAAUACCAUUGGUGCUCGGCACUCCAAGCUGAAAACCACUGGCACAUCUCAGCGACGGGAUGGUGCGAGCGAAACACGUCAGAUUUUCCGGAAAAACUGAAAGCAGACCCAAAACGACAACAAGCAGCCGUCUGGAAAGUACGGACGUUCGAAAAUCAAUGGUCCGUCCAAGACGAACAAAAGAGACCGGACCAGGAGGUUGAGCACGAAGUGGAUCGCUGGUUGAGAGCUUGCAGCGAACGACAACAUCGAAAAAAAUCAACAAACGAGGUAAACUAGAAACAAAAAACAAUACCCCAAAAGACAAUAAUCAAACAGCUACGUGAAAAAAUGUAUUUUUUCAGCGUCAACAACAAACCAUCGACAUCAGAGCAGCGCAGAUCGAGAUCGUCGACAAGAAAGAAAAGAACACAGAAGAAUCAAAAAACAAAGAAUUGUAG